AUGAUCAAAGUUACUAAAGCACUAAGGGUGUGCAAUCCAUUAGCUGGUAAAUCCUGGGACUGCAAGCCAUGGAUUGUCAGUUUAAAUAAAAAACUCAAAAUUAGCGAGACAAAGGGAAAAAUCGCAAAGGAUGAGGAGAAAACGGCGGAAGAAGAACCAUCUGACGCUAAACCAGCAGAAGAUGAUUCUGCAAGCUCUGCGGACAGCGCACUGGAUAUAACCAGCGAAAGGUUUGAUCCAUUACGCGCACUAUAUGCGCCUGAGUACCGCAUCAGUGAGAAACAGCCUAAAGUGUUAUACCAAAAUCUUGCAGCUUUUGAAAGUGCAUUUAAACGUUUCGGCAUAAUGAAUCUGAACAAACGUAAUAACACAGUAGUGAAUAAAAAUACACAAAAAAAGGAUGAUAAUGUGAUGAGUGCUAAACCUGGCAGCUCAAAAGAACGCCAGGUUAUAGCUGAGGAGGCACAGCAACGCCGUUUCCAGGCACACCAAAUGCCUGUGAAAGGUAGAGCACGUAAGCAGAAGGAUACACACAACAUUUUAACAUAUAUUGAUGGCGUUACUGGCCCAAUGUUGGCAUUAAGACAGUCCAUGAAGGAAGAGCGACGUGUACGCGUUAUGGUGCGGCGUGAGCAUGGUAUUCGUGGUAGUUUAGAGGGUAAGCUGGUAUGGUUUGAUAAAUUCUGGAAUCUGUGGUUACACGAUGUGCAUGAAGUUUGCAAGCGUCGUAAAUAUGGAUAUAGUGAAAAUAAAAUGUGUGGCGUGCCGCAAGAUUGUACAUGGAGAUUACAGGAGCUAGGCAUUGAAUUGCCAAAGCAAGAAGUGAAGAGUAUUAAUAGAAAAAAUGUGGAAAUCCGAAGGCACCUACAACAGCUAUUUGUGCGUGGCGAACAAGUCGCGCUUGUAAUAUUACUGCCAACCAACAAAAACACUACGUCAUUGCAAAUGGAAACGUGAAAAUUAAUUAGUUUGAUAAAAAGAAAAAAUAACUAAGUUAUACUGUUCUAUAAACUUUAUUUUUAUACAAGUGAAUAUAAUAUUAAUGUAAAAUUCAAACAAAAAUUUUAUUCUUUUCGUUGUGUCAUAAAUAUUUAUUUAUGAUUUUUUAUAACUAAAAUAUAUGUCAAUCGCGUUUUUUAUUGCAGUA